AUUUAAAAGGCUACAGGAAAUUACCAUUCGAAUUAAAAACCUCGUUGAAUCUGAUUGGUUCCUCGGUAGGGUUCCAAGAUUCCCAUAGGCUACGAGUGCGCGCGGGAGGUUUACCUCAAAUUGAAGCCAGGAUAGAGAAGGAAAAUAUGUAAGCUGUAGGCACUAAUAGACCACGGAGAAGAAGCGCGUAGUUCGGCGGCAACUGCUGGAGCUGUAGGUGGAGCCCUGCCAAUCUUUCUGUCUUCAACGUUGGAUUCUCUUUAAGAUUAAUAAGAAAACGAAACGUUUGGACAGAAUUAUGGGAGAGGCUCUGGAGGUUAAAGUCUUGUUACCUGAAACACCUGGGCGCCCUGGUCGUCUAAAUCCAUUUGAGAGCCCAAAUGAUUAUCACAGUUUACAUGAAUCUAUGUUUGCCAGUCCUUCUGUGUUCAAGUCAUCUCAGGCUACAAUAGCAUCACCUGCCAAUUUCAGAUGGUCAAUUGAUCACAUUGCAAGACUGAAUCCAGUUGAAAUUGAUCCAGAAGAUGUACAGCGACAAUCACAACUUUUGAGUGAUUAUGGAACAGAUAAAGAUAUUGAAGAAAGGAGGCAAAAGGCAAUUAACCAGUUUUUCAGCAAAAACAUGAUUGUUCCUUCACCUUGGACCCAAGAAGUAAAACCAGCCACACAGUUAAAUUCUACAAACUGUCCCAGUUCUUUAGAACACAAAGGGAAUAUUUCAUCUAUGAAAGUAAACGCUGCUUGCCAGACUGUCCUGUCAUUACCUCUUAAUUUUGAUCUUGAAAAAAUUUUGGGUGAUUACUGUAGAGCAGAUGAGUCAGAUCAGUCGCAUGAAAGCUUUGGAUCAACAUCUCUUCGAAGAAAACUGUUCAUUGAUGGUAGUGGGAGUGACUCUGAGAUAUCCACAUCUCCUAUACCUGGAAGAGAUCCCUGUGUAGAAGAUGUGAACUCUGUUGGGUUACACGGCCCAUUAGAUUUGUCCCCUGUCCAUUGUAAAAUUUCAGUUGAAACGCCUAGCUCAGGUCAGUUUUCUUCCAGUCCUAUUCAGGGAGGUCGAAGAGCAUAUAGUUUAGGAAGUAUGGCAAGUCCUUCAUUCCCUGAAAGCUAUUGUGCAGCUUCGCCAGCAUUCUCUCCAGUUACACUUUCACAUGGAAAGACACCUGCAUCAGGAGAAUGUCCUUUUAAUUUCCGGUCACCUGUAUGCAUGACUUCAGACAGCUUGUGCUACAAAGCUAAUCAUUGUACGCAAAGUCCAUAUGUGGAGGGCUGCUCACCUAUCAGAAGCUGUUACAUUGUUGGUACUAAUCAUCAUAGAAGUAAAAUGCAUGGCACACCUUCACCAGACUGUUUAACUUUUAUAAAUGUUGCAGUUGGUGAGGAAAAAGAAAAUUUGCAACCAAAUAGCAGCACAUCUCCCACAGAUAUGGAAACGGUGCUGCAAUAUUCAGAUGUUAAAGUAGUAAAAAGUGAACCUUUAACUUCUGGUGCCAAAACUGACACAAUUGCUGUUGAGUUUAUUCGUGUAAGAAGGCCUUUAGAAAAGAUUGAAGAACUAAAAGAAAACAACACAAUUGACAUGACGGACAAUACUGAACCUGCAGAGGAAGACAACACUUGGACAAAGGAAGCUGCAGGAGCCAACAUUAUUCCUUUGACAAGUUCCAGGACUGGAAGCCUGUGCAAUGUGGAGACCUCGCACAUAUAUUUGUCACUCUUAGCAGAAAGUAGUGUCAUCCCUAGUGACUGCAAUAGCAUACAGGUGGACAGCGGUUAUAACACACACUCUGCUGCCAGUAUAAGUGACUGCAUUAUCUCAGAGUACAGUGGGAAAGAGUAUGUGGAUGUUCACACAACUGAUGAUGCACUCUUUCCUCAUAAACUACUACCCUUAAGAUCAAAGUUACAGCACCUGUACAACUGAUCUUGGAAGAUGUCGUUCCUGUUGGCGAUUUUUAAUCUCAUGGACAUUUUUCAGGGGUGAAUAACCACUGGUGUUUACAUUAACAUUAGUUUGCCUACAAUGAAAAUUGAUCUGAACUUCUUUGUAUGCUCCGAAUUCCCACAUUGAUAAAGUGAAAGCAGUUGCUGCUUAUAAAAAUGACAUUUUUGAAAAGUGUAUAAUUCUCCAGUACUGAAGUUUUAAAUUUUUAUUAUACAGUAAUUUGCAAAAAUAAGUUUACUGCACCAUUAGAACAAAAACAAAAUACAAUAAUUAGUAAUAGUGGAAAAUGUUUUAAAAUCACAGGAUCUCCUGGUUUACAAUGGUUGUUACAAGUAUAAAAUGGUGCAUUUUAAAUUGUCCAUUGAAUUUAACAUGCUGGUGCAGCUUCAGGUAAUCAUAUUUUGUGUCAUAUAUAAUUUUUUUUUUUUUAAUUGCAGUUGUAUUUAUUUUUUAUAUAUAUUGAGAUAUGCAAGCACACCAAGUAAAUUAGGGCCAUAGAACUAAUAAAUAAAUUGCUUUUAUAUUAUAUCUUUGC